CUGAGAGUUUAUGCCCAGCCACAGCAAAUAAGCACGGCUGAAUACGCAGCAAAUGUAACAAAAACUGUAUUCGACUUCUUUGAAGAAUACUUUAAUUUGAGCUAUUCUCUUCCAAAACUAGAUAAAAUAGCUAUUCCAGAUUUUGGGACAGGUGCUAUGGAGAACUGGGGGCUGAUCACAUACAGAGAAACAAACCUGCUGUAUGACCCCACUGAGUCGGCCACUUCCAACAAACAGAGAGUAGCUGCUGUGAUAGCCCAUGAGCUCGUUCAUCAGUGGUUUGGAAAUAUUGUGACCAUGGACUGGUGGGAUGACUUGUGGUUAAAUGAAGGAUUUGCCAGUUAUUUUGAGUUCCUGGGAGUAAAUGCUACGGAACCAGAUUGGCAAAUGUUUGAACAGGUUUUAAUUGAUGAUGUGCUUCCUGUAAUGAAGGAUGACUCAUUGCUGUCUUCUCACCCAAUUGUGGUCAACGUGUCAUCUCCAGCUGAAAUCACCUCAGUGUUUGAUGGGAUAUCCUACAGUAAGGGUGCAUCAAUCCUCAGAAUGAUUCAAGACUGGAUUACACCAGGCCUCUUCCAAAAAGGCUGUCAGGCAUAUUUGAAGAAAUACCAUUUCCAGAAUGCCAAGACACAACAAUUUUGGGAAGCUCUGGAAGAGGCAAGUAAUAAACCUGUGAAGGAAGUCAUGGACACAUGGACGAGGCAGAUGGGCUACCCAGUUUUGGAGAUGGGAGAUAAUUCAGUAUUGACACAGAAACGUUUUCUCUUGGAUCCCAGUGCAAAUGCUUCUCACCCUCCUUCUGAUCUUGGUUACAAAUGGAAUAUACCAGUGAAAUGGACACUUGGGAAUUCAACAAAUUAUACUUUCUACAACACAUCAGAAUCUGCAGGAAUUACAAUACCAUCACUUGCUAAUUCCUUCACGAACAUAAAUCCAGACCACAUUGGAUUCUAUCGGGUGAACUAUGAUAGUCAAAACUGGGCCAGUAUAAACACUCUUCUGGUCAGCAACCACAAAAUUUUUUCAGCUGCUGAUCGUGCAGGGAUUUUGGAUGAUGCCUUUUCUUUAGCAAGACCUGGACUUGUGAAUUACUCUGUUCCCCUGCAGCUCACAAAAUACCUAACAAGUGAAACAGAGUAUUUACCCUGGCAUAGAGUUAUAUCAUCUGUAACUUACCUCUCCGACAUGCUUAAAGAUGAUACAAAUCUCUAUCCCCGGUUUCAGGAAUAUUUUCGCAACCUGGUAAAACCCAUUGUGGAUCAACUGCUCUGGAAUGAUACUGGAGACCAUUUGCAGAGGCUUCUUCGUGCCUCUGUUCUAGACUUUGCUUGCAGUAUGGAUGAUGCAGCAUCUUUGAACAACGCUUCUGACCUAUUCAAUCAGUGGCUACAAGGAAAUACCAUUCCUUCAAAUCUCCGACUCCUGGUAUAUCGCUAUGGGAUGCAGAACUCAGGCAAUGAGACAUCAUGGAAUCAAAUGUUCAGGAAAUAUCAAGAAACUUCACUAGCACAGGAAAAAGACAAGCUGCUGUAUGGCCUGGCAUCCGUGAAUAACAUCACCCUUUUGGACAGGUAUCUGAAAUACAUUUACAACACCAGCCUCAUCAAAAGCCAAGAUGUGUUCACAGUCCUGAGAUACAUCUCGUAUAACACCUAUGGGAAAACAAUGGCCUGGGACUGGAUACGACUUAACUGGGAGUACUUAGUUGACAGAUUCACCAUCAAUGACAGAAACCUUGGUCGAAUAGUAACUAUUAGCCAAACCUUCAACACAGAGCUUCAGCUUUGGCAGAUGGAAAAUUUCUUUGAGAAAUAUCCUAAUGCUGGGGCCGGAGAAUCGCCCAGGAGUCAGUCAAUUGAGCAGGUGAAGAACAACAUCGAAUGGCUAAAAGUAAACAAGGAGGAAAUACGAACAUGGCUAGAAUCACAGUUAAGCCCUUAAAGUCUUACUUUGUUAAAAAUACCAGUCGCUCCUUCUGGGCACUCGGAUCCUCAGAGAUAUUUAGUGAUGUGGAUUUCUCACCGGGGUACCUUAGAGGACCAAGGCUUAACGUUUUUUCUAAAAACA